UCCAGCACAGCUCUGUGCUCCUCUAUAGGAGCAGUAAUGUUGUUGUUUUUUUAAUAUCGCUGCCCUUCUCACGUCCUUUGGCUCUGGUGAGAGCAGCAGAGCGCCUGCCUGCCUGUACAAGCUAUUCUUCAUGACAGAGAAAGCCAAGGGCAACAGACACAGCAGCACCAUGAGGGGGAGAGAGUCAGAAAGGGCGUGGAAGAAUCAGAGGAGGGUGAGAAAGGGGCAGACUCUAGGGAUGGGACUAAAGCCAGCUUCACAUUACUAGCACUAAGCAAUUUGAGUUUAGCAGUCUGCAAGCAUUUCACAUUGCACACUUUGGCACUUCUGCCAAGGCCAGCUGCAUUUCUCUGCUGUCUCUGCCCUUCCCGGGACAGGCUCAUUUGUUAUCUGAUCCUGCAGAGGUACUGGGACGUUGGAUCACUCUGCGGUGUCUUGUGCUCUGCAGAGGGAUGGAGCCAUGGCAGGAGAUGCUGAUGGAGAAUCAGGACCUGUACCAAGAGAGACAGAAGGGAAAACCGCCAAGUGAGGCAGGAGCAGCCAGGAUAGAGCCACUGCAAAAAGGUUCUUCCCUAAACCAUGGAGUGGAACAGCCAGAACCCCCAGGAGAAGGAAGAAAUGCCCAGGAGAAAGGUGAGAACCUGGGGCAAGGGGACACACCAAGUCAAGAGACUGCAGAUCCAACACAACAGAUGCAGACUGGCAUCAGCAGAGCGGGUCCCCCCGAGCAGGAGGUGACUCUGAAAGGACAGGAUCCAGGGCCCACCUUAAAUCAUCCAGUCCUGGAUGGAGAUGGAAACAUCUCCAGAGGAGAAGAGAUGCCAAGGGUCUUUCAAAGAGGUGCCAAGGAGGAAGUGGAGCCACCUGAGGAGGGGAGACGUGAGGAAGCCCUGAUGAGGGAGCUCUCUGAGCUGGUGCAGCAGGUGGUGAAGAGAAGCAGCUGGUGGGAGAGACAUGGCAUAGAUGACUGUAUCAUUGCCCUGAAUUUCCUCAUCCUUCCUGCAGGGUUCCUGUGUCUGCGUUCAGACAAUGCCCUUCCCUUUCUGUUGGGCAUCUUCAUCUUGGGCAUAGUGCACCACACUAUAACAGUGAAAGGAAGCCACUUGGCCAGCCACAAUGCCUUGACGGAGUCCAAGUCUUGGGGGAAAGCCUGGGCCAUAUUCUUCCUCGAGGUUUGCUCAGCUUUCACAGCAGAGCAGGCAUACUACAACCAUGUGAAACUCCACCACGGUUACACUAAUGUUAUCAGACUAGGCGAUUCCAGUACUUGGAAGAUUCCUUUCUUGAACCGAUAUGUCUACAUGUUCAUUGCACCCAUUGCUAUACCUAUUUUAACCCCGCUAGUGGCACUUGGUUUGUUGAAGGAUGUUGAGUUGAAAACAGCUCUCCGGACACUCUGCUGCAUGUUUCUUGGUCUCUACUCCCAUUACUGGCUCCUGGUCAAUGUCUCAGGGUUCCAAUCAGUGUGGUCUGCCCUCAUCUGCAUGUUGAUCACACGAUCUCUCCUUGCCCACCCCUACCUCCAUGUUAACAUCUUCCAGCACAUUGGCCUCCCGAUGUUCUCCGCUGAUAAGAAGCCCAAGCGGAUUCACCUGAUGAGCCUUGGAGUUCUGAAUCUGCCCCGGAAUGCCCUGCUGGACUGGUCCUUUGGGCACUCAAUCAUCAACUGCCAUGUGGAGCAUCACCUUUUCCCAAACCUCUCUGACAACAUGUGCCUGAAGAUCAAGCCCAUAGUCUCCCAGUACCUGAAAAAGAAGAAGCUUCCAUACAACGAGGACUCCUAUAUGUCCCGACUACAGCUGUUCCUACACCGUUACGAGGAACUGAUGGUCAAUGCACCCCCGAUAUCUGAACUUGUGGGGAUUCAAUGAUAGGCUCUGGAACAUGACAGCAAGAGAUAGGGCUGUUUCCUGUGGGUCAUUAUAACAUCGGACAAGAUCAGGAAGUUUAAAACCAAAGACAUUGCCCUUAUAAAGCAAUCAAAGAGGAAACAAGUUUGCCUCAAGUGUCUUGCUUUUGGACACACAGAAAUACACAUAGAGACCAUAGAAUGAUAAAUUGUGACUGAAUGGUGAUGGGACAGAAGGGAAUUCUGUAGCUCCAAUACAGUAGGAUCAAAUGUGAGUUUACCUGAGGUCUUAGUAGCUGGUAUCUAUUUUUCCACCAUUCUCUUUUAACUCUUGGACAGAUGUUGCUAUUGAUUCUUGUUUUCUUUACUGCUGUGUCUCUGGAACAGGAUUGAGAGCACAACAAGAAAGGGAAUUCACAUCCUAUCCAACUCCAGUGUGCCAAAAGGACAGGAUGACUCAGGGGAUUGGCAGUGGGGCAGCCUUUAACUCUAGGUCAAUGGUUCAAAUCCAGGCAAAGCUUGUAUUUUUGGAACAACUGAAAACUGGUUCCCAUCUGAUAGC